UCGCUCCCCGCUCGCCCCCGGCGCCCGGCCGCCCGCCUCCCCCCCGCCCCCCGCCUCUCUCCCCGGCAGCCCGCAGCGAGAAGCGCCGCUCCCCAGCACUUUUUUGGGCCCGAGAUAUGGCAAUGGUAGUUAGCAGCUGGCGAGAUCCGCAGGAAGACGUGGCCGGGGGCACCCCGAGCGGCCCCAACCCCGCAGCGCAGCCGGCCCGGGAGCAGCCGCCCCAGCAGCAAGGGGGCUCGGCCGCCCCGCACACCCCGCAGACCCCCAGCCAGCCGGGACCCCCCUCCACGCCGGGCACGGCCGGGGACAAGGGCCCGGGCCAGCAGGGCUCGGGCCAGAGCCAGCAGCACAUCGAGUGCGUGGUGUGCGGGGACAAAUCCAGCGGCAAGCACUACGGCCAGUUCACCUGCGAGGGCUGCAAAAGUUUCUUCAAGAGGAGCGUCCGCAGGAACUUAACUUACACAUGCCGUGCCAACAGGAACUGUCCCAUCGACCAGCACCACCGCAACCAGUGCCAGUACUGCCGCCUCAAGAAGUGCCUCAAAGUGGGCAUGAGGCGGGAAGCGGUUCAGCGAGGAAGGAUGCCGCCCACCCAGCCGAACCCAGGCCAGUACGCGCUGACCAACGGGGACCCCCUCAACGGGCACUGCUAUCUCUCGGGAUACAUCUCGCUGCUGCUGCGGGCCGAGCCCUACCCCACCUCCCGCUACGGCAGCCAGUGCAUGCAGCCCAACAACAUCAUGGGCAUCGAGAACAUCUGCGAGCUGGCCGCCCGCCUGCUCUUCAGCGCCGUCGAGUGGGCCCGCAACAUCCCCUUCUUCCCCGACCUGCAGAUCACCGACCAGGUGGCCCUGCUGCGGCUCACCUGGAGCGAGCUCUUCGUGCUCAACGCGGCGCAGUGCUCCAUGCCGCUGCACGUGGCCCCGCUGCUGGCCGCCGCCGGCCUCCACGCCUCGCCCAUGUCCGCCGACCGCGUGGUGGCCUUCAUGGACCACAUCCGCAUCUUCCAGGAGCAGGUGGAGAAGCUCAAGGCGCUGCACGUCGACUCGGCCGAGUACAGCUGCCUCAAAGCCAUCGUCCUCUUCACCUCAGACGCCUGCGGCCUCUCGGACGCGGCGCACAUCGAGAGCCUGCAGGAGAAGUCGCAGUGCGCCCUCGAGGAGUACGUGCGGAGCCAGUACCCCAACCAGCCCAGCCGCUUCGGCAAGCUGCUCCUGCGGCUGCCCUCCCUGCGCACCGUCUCCUCCUCCGUCAUCGAGCAGCUCUUCUUCGUCCGCUUGAUCCUUCAAUCCAACCCGCUUGGGGUUUUUAAUAUUCUAGGCGCAGCAGAUCCGAGGCGAGAGCAGCUCUAUACAGUAGGCACUUAUAGCUGGAUAAUCAACAUCACGGGCAGAUCCUCUGCGGGGUUAGAGGCCGGGAGACGCGGCCUGUGUUCAUCGGUGCUGUGUGGCGGGGACUGAGGGUUUCAAACCUGGGCACACGAGGACGGAAAUCAGACCCACAAGCACCCUCCCUCCCUUUCUGUCUCACACGGACGCUAUAUAGGCGGCAGCUUUGGUUGCCUUCCCCAGGCGCGGGGGGUGCUCGGCCCGCGGAGAGGGAGUGAGGCGCUCGGCCCUUGGAGGUGCCGGAGCAACUUCUCAGCGGUGCCUUUCGGUGGGAGAGGUGACUGGGCACCCAGCCGGACUAGCCGCAGGAAAAAAGCGGGGGGUCGGUAGGGGGAAAAAAUAAGAAAAAGAAAAAAAUAAAAAAGCUCUCGGUUUCUUCCAAUGAGAUGUAAAUAUAUUCAUUACAGUGUUAUCCCACUGAUGAAAACAGAUAAACUUUUUUCGUAGGUCAGAAACGUAUUUUUCAAUUAAUUUUCAUAUUUAUGAAUAAUAAUAACCCACCGAUUGCCAAGAAACUUGCAGGUGUAGAGGAGGUGUACGAGAUGCACUUAUUUCCAUGUAUGUGCCUAGAAAGUGUUUCAAUCCCUUAUUAAACUUUGCUUAUAAGACGGUAUUGUGUUCUGAAGUGUUAAAUAUCCAGUCUCUGUUGUGUUCGUGGAUGUUUUCCUUUGCCACGCUCCAAGCUCUUGGGCAUUCAUACAGUGGCUAAAGAUAUUGUAUGAUCUUGUCACCAAACACUAUAUGCUAAAAAUGUGAAUGUGGAGAGGGGCCAGGUCCCCUGCGUAAGUUUCUGCUGACUUGU